UUGCUAUUUAGCUCAGGAAUCUUGUCGCUCUGCUUCCUGUGGGAUUCAGUCCAAUUUGGAUGCGCGUCUCAGUACGAAGCCUGGUGCGCGCUCCUGUAGCGGCAGGAAACAUGGCGGCGCUCAUGUCUCUCUCUCAGCUCUCCAGUGGAAGCCUGGUGUAUGAGACCUACUACAGACAGGUGGACCGUGGAAACACGGGCAGAGUCGGCCCCACUGAAGCUGCUCUCUUCCUGAAGAAGUCAGAACUCUCAGACUCUACCCUGGGAAAGAUUUGGGAGUUGGCUGAUCCAGAUGGAAAAGGCUACUUGGACAAACAGGGUUUCUUUGUGGCGCUGCGGCUGGUGGCCUGCGCCCAGAAUGGUAAAGAUGUCAGCAUCGCCAGCCUCAGCCUCCCCGUCACGCCCCCCAAAUUUAGGGAUACAAGCAGCCCUUCGCUGAGCACAACCUCAUUCACCGGUGACUCCCAUUGGGCCGUCAGGAUGGAGGAGAGGGGGAAGUUUGAGGGUAUUUUUGAAAGCCUGGCUCCAGUGAAUGGGCUGCUCUCUGGAGACAAGGUGAAGCCUGUGCUGAUGAACUCUAAACUGCCCCUGGAUGUGCUGGGGAGGAUUUGGGAUCUCAGUGACAUUGAUAAAGAUGGACACUUGGACAAAGAUGAGUUUGCAGUGGCAAUGCACUUGGUAUACCGUGCUAUGGAGAAGGAACCAGUCCCCUUCUCCCUGCCCCCCUCCCUCAUCCCUCCAUCCAAGAGGAAGAAAGGGGGCACCCUGCCUGGCUCUGUGCCCGUCCUGCCCCUCCUGGCUGCCAGCCCCUCCUUUCUGAAAGAGAGCCUGCAAUCCACCUCCUCUCAUGGCAGCAUCAGCUCGCUCAACAGCACAGGGAGCCUGUCCCCCAAACCGAGCCUCAAAUCCACCCAGGUACCCCCCAAACCGAGCCUCAAAUCCACCCAGGGGCGCUAUGAUGAGCUCUUCCUGAAGCUGGACUCUGACCUGGAUGGGCUGGUGGGGGGCGCUGAGGUCAAGGAGGUCUUCAUGCAGUCAGGGCUCCCCCAGACCAUGCUGGCGCAUGUAUGGACUCUGGCGGACACCAGGCAGAAGGGGAAGCUGACGAGGGAGCAGUUCUCUCUGGCCAUGCACCUCAUUCAGCAGAAGGUGAAACACGGCCUGGAUCCCCCCCAGGCCCUCGCUGCCGACAUGCUGCCCCCGUCUGAGCGGGGCGCCCCCGUGCCUGACAGCUCCAGCUCUGUGGGGUCAGUGGAGUUCACUGGAGUAAAAGAGCUGGAUGACAUCAGCCAGGAGAUCGCUCAGCUGCAGAGAGAGAAGUACACCCUGGAACAGGAAAUUCGGGAGAAGGAGGAAGCCAUCAGGCUGAAGACUAACGACGUUCAGGAGAAGCAGUCGGAUCUGGACCAGGAGAGCAGCGGCCUGCAGGACCUGGAGACGCAGAAGCAGGAUGCCCAGGUGCGCCUGGAGGAGAUGGACCAGCAGAAGUCCAAACUGGGGUCCAUGCUGGAGGACGUGCAGCUCAAAUGCCAGGAGGAGGCCCAGAAGAUCUCAUCGGUCCAGGUGCAGAUUCAGGCCCAGGAGUCGGACGUGCAGAGCCAGGAGGACGAGCUGAACCGGGCCAAAGCGGACCUGACCCGUCUGCAGCAGGAGGAGGCUCAGCUGGAGCAGAGCAUCAAGGCCGGGCAGAGCCAGCUGGACACCAUCACGCGGUCCCUGCGUGUGACGCAGGACGAGAUCAACCAGGCCCGCAGUAGACUGGCUCAGAUCAGAGACAGCCAGGAGGAAGUGACCCGGACCAUCGAGCAGUGCAACGCAGCGCUCAACGGCGGGAGCUUGACCAACCUGGCGCACAUGGGCGAUGAGAGCGGCAGUCUGGAGGACUCAUUUCAGACCAAAUCGUCCGCAUUUGGUGGCCACUCCCAGGACCUGCCCGCGGACCCCUUCCGCUCCGAUGACCCCUUCCAAUCCGACCCCUUUAAAGACCCGUUUGGUGCUGACCCUUUCAAAGAGAGCGACCCUUUCAAGACCACCUCGCCUGAGGACUUCUUCACGAAGAGCAGCAAGGCCGACCCCUUUUCCACCUCUGAGCCCUUCAGUAAAAGCACCAAGGCUGCUCCCUUUUCCAGCUCAUCCAGCCCUAAAACGAAAGGCUCAGAGGCGUUUGGGACAGGCGACCCUUUCGGCAGCGGUUCCUAUGGAAACCGGGGCGGGUUUGCAGACUUCAGCCAGAUGUCACAGCGUUUUUCAGAUGACCGUUUUGGCCAAAAAUACGACAUGAAAACUCUAGCCCCAAAGAAAGUGCUGCCGUCCAGACCCACGCCCCCUAGUGUGUGGAAGUGAGGUUCAGUAGUUGGAGUGGGCUUAGCAGGAGAGAGAGGGUGGGGCAGCAGCAUCUUCAGAGGCUCCGCCCCCAAGAGCAGGAGGACCAGGAUUGGCCAUCGAUCUCAGCAAGGCGUAGAUGACCACCGCCCACUUUCAUCAGGGUUCCACCCUCCUCUCCCAAGCCAGGCUCCGCUCAAGUCUACUUUCCUGCUAGCUGGUAUAUAGCAGCUGUCUCUGGGGGGGGCAGGCUGGGGGGGCUAAGGUGGGGCCCUCUGCUACUCUUAUAGUCUGUGGAGAAGGGGAAUGCUUCUGGUUUAUCGUUCUGUGAAAAGCACUGUAUGAAAACAACCAAAAUUGUACCGUAGUUUAUGAGCAAAGCUUUUUAUUUCUUAUUUAUACUCAAAUAUACACUCCUUUUUGUGUGAGCCGGUGGAUGUGAAAGUGUGGGGAAGGCUGGAAUUUAUGGGAUUCUGUCUGGAUCGAAUGUUCAUCAGCACUGCGGAUUUCAUCAGCUGAAGAUUUCUUUUCCCACUGGACUCUGUUUCUUUGUUAAAUUAUUUUAAUUUAUCCUCUUCAAAAUGGCCUCUUGGGUAGGUAGUCUUCAGAGGUGAAAUUGCUUUAUGGUGUGUUAUUGGUCUCUAAGGUGAGUUUUUACUCAUAAAUGGACAGGCACAAGUUAGACACAUUUUUGUAUACUUCUAAAUAUUUGUAUUAUUAUCAGACAUUCUGGUUAAGACAAACCGUAGACUCAGCCAAAUGCUUGUAAACUGGGGGCGUCCUGGGACAGGGGGGGAUUCCUCUAUGGGGAGGGAGAAAUUGUACCCAACUGUGAUUUUUGGGGUUGGAGUGUUGGGGUUAGUACUGAUCGUAGGGGUCAGUACUGGGGUUAGUUCUGAUCAUAGGGUCUGAAAUAUUUUGGUUAGUGUCGAUAUGAAGGAUGAUUUUGGGGUUUUGUGCUAACCUUAGGGCUGCGGUUUCCGGAUUAGCACAGAUGUUAGGGUUGCCAUUUUGGAGUGCAUUUGUUACCAUUUGUGUCAAAGUGCUAUAGGAAAAAUGUUUAUAUUGGUUAGGGUUAGGGUUAGAGGAACAGCGGUAGAUGCCCUGUGUGGUUAGGGUUAGAGGAACAGCGGUAGAUGCCCUGUGUGGUUAGGGUUAGAGGAACAGUGGUAGAUACCCUGUGUGGUUAGGGUUAGGGUUAGAGGAACAGCAGUAGAUGCCCUGUGUGGUUAGGGUUAGAGGAACAGCGGUAGAUUCCCUGUGUGGUUAGGGUUAGGGUUAGAGGAACAGCGGUAGAUGCCCUGUGUGGUUAGGGUUAGGGUUAGAGGAACAGCGGUAGAUGCCCUGUGUGGUUAGGGUUAGGGUUAGAGGAACAGCGGUAGAUGCCCUGUGUGGUUAGGGUUAGGGUUAGAGGAACAGCGGUAGAUGCCCUGUGUGGUUAGGGUUAGGGUUAGAGGAACAGCGGUAGAUGCCCUGUGUGGUUAGGGUUAGGGUUAGUGGAACAGCGGUAGAUGCCCUGUGUGGUUAGGGUUAGGGUUAGAGGAACAGCGUAGAUGCCCUGUGUGGUUAGGGUUAGGGUUAGAGGAACAGCGGUAGAUGCCCUGUGUGGUUAGGGUUAGGGUUAGAGGAACAGCGGUAGAUGCCCUGUGUGGUUAGGGUUAGGGUUAGAGGAACAGCGGUAGAUGCCCUGUGUGGUUAGGGUUAGGGUUAGUGGAACAGCGGUAGAUGCCCUGUGUGGUGUUCCAGACUCUCCUGUGUGAAGCUCCGUUCCCCACGCUUACUACAAACCUUAAAUUAAACGUUUUUAGGAGUGUGACUGACUGCAGACUGUAUUCAUACAGACACAGUCACAGCAAGCCUUAAAGCCCACAGCUGUACUGUCUUUGUGUUUUUAUUACAUAUCAGAUUUAUUUGUGUGCCGUUGCCUUAAAACCUAACUAAAGGAGGGAAAAAAUCACCCCCUCUACCUGCUGCGCGGAGAGGCUCUAUGAAGUCGUUGUUCUCCUAUCCUAUUGGUCAGUGGCUGUGGCGUCAUAAUCGCACACUGUGCUGAUGCAGCCCUUAGCAGAUUAGCUACUGAAGAUGUAGAGAAGGCUCUGUCAGCUCUGUAAUAUCACAGGCUGCUGUGUGCUGUGGGGACCAAUCAGGACUACUGCCUGCAAAUUUUACCCUUUUACUCUGCUUUCCCCCUGCCUGCACCCCCAAACCUAUCUCCUGUGGGUACAACCUUAAAUUCAGCCACUCGCCUUCCCUGAGCCCAGUGUGUUAACUGCCACAGUGCUUUUCAUAUAUGUGCUGGUGGGAAGUGUAGUUCACAGCUGAGUAAAGGACCUCCACAACCUCUGAACUACACCACCCAUCAUCCUCCACUUCAGAUAUCAGCCUGCUCAGUCUCCCUCACCAUUCCUCCAUUCAUGCAGUUAAACAAACCUGGAAAGGAGGGACUGCGUUUCACUUUGGGCUGAACCCCAUCUGUGCUCUUUCGCACCCCGGGCUGUCCCCUCUGGCUGCCCCCCCGGGCUGUUACCCUGGACUGCCCCCCCCCCCCCCUUCCCUGGCCCCCGGGACGUCCCGUGCGGAAGUGGCACUCCGUGGAACCUUGGAUGCUUCGGUUUUCCAUGCAGGUUCCAUCACGUGUUUUUGUUUUUGUUUGUUUGUCUUUAUCUCAGUUGUGCAAUAGUCUUCCUUUUGUUUGCGGUUGAUGGGUUUUUGUUUCCUGCUAUUUAUUUUCCUCGUUAGGUCACCUGCUCUGGACCUUUCUCCCUUUUUUCUGUCAAACAAAAGAGCCUCAGGUUUCCUCCUUACCUCAGAAAUCUUAGUGUGGGAUGUGGGUGUUUUCCUUUGAUCGGUCAGACGGCACUUCUUGUGCUGAAAGGGGUCUUCCAGAAAAGCAGCAACACUGGCCUUUACAAACACGUAAGAUGAAGAUUAUAAUAAUGAUGUUGAUAAAAGCCUUGUAUUCUUUGCGAUUAGAAUCAUCUGUACAUUAUUGUUUAAUAUAAUAAAGAGAUAUGAUAAAUUGUU